UCACGUCACAUGAUCGAUAUGAAACUACAACAACAGCAAUAGACAUGUCACUUCUUCAUUCCGCAUUUAUGUUGAUUGUUUAAAGCAUGGCGACGUGUAAAGUCAAUUUUAUAUUUUCUGUGGUGUUUGUUGUGUUUGGCGCUGCGCUUGGAUUCCUGGGAAGUGGAGAUACAUUUCGACGGAAGGUGUCUGUAGAGCUGAAUCCUGGUCUGAAGCCUCCGUCGGUUCUUCCUCCUGAGGUGGGUCUGGUUCAUGUGCGAGGGCUGGGGCUCAAUGACACGCUGCACUUCUUGAUCUGUAAUCGUGGAGCUCCAGCGCUGUUGCUGGUCCACACAAACAGCACUCAGUCUACGGUGCAGGUGAACUGGCCUAACUUCAUCAACCACAGUUUAUCCGGCAGCCUGAAGGUGGAGCCGCAGGACAGCGUGCAGUACAGCAGCGCACUAGUGUUCACCAGAGUGUGGGAGUAUGAUGACGUCAAUGACACCGCCGACCCACAGCAGACCGCGGAGUCCAGCUUUUACCCUCCAUACGAGCUCCAGAACUUCACGUGGUCUAACCUUAGCAUCAAUGAUAACCAGUCGGAUCCCACUGUGAUGCUGUGCGGCGGAAAGGAAACAGAGAGUUUCCUCAACGGCACCCUCUGUCUGCAGUUCUCAGCUUUUGAGUCGGAGGGUCGUGAAAAGGCCUGGCCGAGUCUCCUUCAUAACGCCAACUCAUCGCAGCUGCGCGUGUGGCUGAACGGCGUGACGCCGCGAGGAAACAGCUCCAGAUUCGCUCUGGAGUUUCACUCUGUUGGUGAAUCUGAAUUCCAGGGACGAGUGGACGUCCACAGCUCCAUAGACGAUGAAUACACACCCUCCAUCUUUAAGGUUGCUCAGUGGGUGUCGUUUCCGGUGAACAGCAGUGGUGUGAGGGGUUAUAAUCAGUGGAAACCCGUGGCGUAUCGUAAAGCCGAGCCGGCAUUUGAGGACGCAACACCCUGCAAACACUCCAGGCUCGUGUCUGUGAAUCACAUCCCUGACUCUGGUCUGGUUCAGGCGUAUUUCACAGACAAUCCUCAGACUCACGGACUGAACAUCAGCUUCGGCAUCGCUAAAGACCCAGUGUUUUACAGUGCCACCAAAUACGUCAGCUGGACUGUUUUAAUGGGCGUGGGCGAACCUCCGGCCGAAUCGUUCUCCACGUUAAUCAUUAUCAUCAUAGCUGUUGGACUUGGUACUCCGCUGGCCCUCAUUAUCGUGGGUGGAGUGUUUGUUUGGAUCCGCAAGAGGAUGUCGCACUCGUCAGUCUACGAGCCAAUCAACUGAGACGUUACGGCACUGCACACACCUGCCAAUCAGUGACGAGGUAACUGACUCCUGAGCGGAACAUUAGAAACACGUUACUGACGAGUGGAUGAGGGAGUGAAAUAUAGCUGACCAACUACACAGACAAACACUCUCUGGAAGGGUUUUGAUUUAAACGUAUAACAUUGAUUUUUUUUACACGUUUAUACUUUAACCUCAUUGGCCAGUCAAACAAGGAUCAAACCUGAAAGUGCAAAUGAGUUAUUAUUUGAUUGUUUUGUUUUUACGCCAUCAUUUUUCAUACUUGAUGUUUGUUUGUGCCAAAAUCCUGCUUGUAGAAUCGAUUUAAUUGGCCAGAUUGAUGACAGCUGCACAUUUUAAAGAUUUAAACCAUGAUUUUCUCUUUAAUUCUGAAAUCUAUGCAAAUGCUUUCAUAUUUAAUGGAAACUGCACUGCUGGAGAUUCUCAGGGAUUCUCACUGUGUUUAUUGUGUUGAGUUUUGAUGGUUUUAACAUAACUGUGGUUUAUGGGAGAGUUUAUUGUCAAAGAUGUUUUUGUAAACGUUCAUUUGCACCAUGUAGGAACACUCUGAAAUCUUUCUUUUUGUUGUUGUUGUUGCCAACAGUGACUUAUAAAAUGUAAAUAUGGAUUCGACGACUUUUCAUUUCACUAUAUAAAUUUAUUCAACACUUUCUUGUGGACUGACAUCCUGUGCAUCAUUUAUUUAUAAACAUUUCAACAUAUACAGAUGGAAACUUCAGACACAAGAAUGCAUUAUGAUAAACAUGAGGAAUAUGGCCCUAAUCUGUGAAAUAUAAGACAAAAUAAACGGCAUGAUGCAAUAAAUGAGAUUAAUUUAUUUUUAGUUAAUCAUUUACUUUUUUCCUGGAUGCUUGCAAAUCUGCAAGGAAAAUAAUAAA